GUAAGCGGCAGCAGGGCGCGUGUCACACGGAGCUAAACUAAUUCCUCCGUGAGCCACUGAGCUGGUGUAAUAAUGAACGCGACGCUUUUAGCUUUGCUGAGUUUUUUUUUAUCGUUUUCUACCGCCUCUUCAGUUCAGACAAUAAAGGCAAAAGAAGGCGCCAAAGCCAUUUUAUCGUGUUUCCUGGAUCAUGUCAACGUGUCGGGUUUAACCGUGGAGUGGAGUAAAGAUGGCAGGAAGGUUAUGGUGCAUCUUUACAGACAUGGAGAAGAUCGUGCUUAUGACCAGAGUGAAGAGUUUAAGAAUCGGACGGUUCUCUUCCACAACGGCCUGAACACAGGAAAUGUGACGCUGCAGAUCUCGGGCUUACGGACGUCUGAUGCUGGAACAUACAGACUCUAUAUACCACGACUGAAAUUCUACUUUUAUUUUAAAGUUGAUGUCGAAGUACCUUUGUACUCUACUGGAAGACCUCCACUGGAAGACAUGACUAAGGAACCAUCAUUGGCUGAUCCUGAAUGUAAAAACAGGAAUCUUGUUAGAAUGCUCAUUGUCCCCUCGGUUUUCGCCGUCUUCCUCCUUAUCAUUGGAGGUCUGAUUCUGAGGAGCCGUGGAACGAGCCGUAUAGAACAGGAGUAUGAGUUGGCCGAUCCUGCCGGUUCCUGAGUUGAAGGGUCCUCGCUGUCUUCUUACCUCUCCUUGAGCCUGUUCCUGAAUCAGCCGAUGUUAAGUCUCCUCCUGAUCUCCAGUCAGCGCUCCAGCUGACACCAGCUCCUGCAGGUGACCGCCUUCUACCCAGCACUCCAGUGGUCUGCCUGUCCUGCUCUCAGCUCUGACCUACAGCUCCACCCUCUGGUUCCAGCUGUCUGCCCAAACCUCCAGUUUCAUUGCCAGAGUGGCCUCGUCUAUGUCACCGGUCUCCUGGUCGUCCUCCAGAGUUGCUCCAUCUGUCUGGUAGUUAUCCUGCCCGACCUCCUGAGGGGCUCCUUCAUCACGCCCCCGCUUGGUCUCUACAGGGAUCCCGCCUUCGCCGCCGGUCUCCAGAGAGAUCCUGCCUUUCACCACCUAAAUGGUCCAACUUUUACCUUUAUCCUCCUGCCUGACCUCCACAGUGGACCUGCCAUCAUCACUUCCUUCACCGUUGUUCACCGGUGCACUUCUGCCUCCGCCUGUGUGCCUGGCCUCUGUGCCUGGCCCCUGCCCAGCCCUCCAGCUGUUCUCCUGAGAUCUCCAUCCCCUUCAUUCAUCUGCUCCCAUCCACUGGCCCAUGAUCACAGUUUUUCUGACUGUAGCCUGAAGAUCUGAACUCUUGGAGAUGACUCUGUAACCGUUUCCAGCUUUAUGCAGAU